CCCGGCGAUAUAUGAGAGCCUCGGCCCGUGUCGCUAAAGUGUUUGCGAGGUCGAGGUCUUCAUCGCUGGUCGCUGGCUAGCAAACAGAUGGUUUGAUUCAGUGGUCUGUGGAUCCCAAGUCACGAUGGAGCCCGGUACCAAAUCCACCCAGGAGCAGCGGUUCGCUGCAGCAGUCAAAGUGAUCCAGAGUUUACCUUCGAACGGCUCCUUUCAACCGUCCAACGAAAUGAUGCUGAAAUUCUACAGCUACUACAAGCAGGCAACUCAAGGUCCAUGCUGCAUUCCCCGGCCAGGCUUCUGGGACCCCGUUGGCAAAGUCAAAUGGGAUGCGUGGCACGCUCUUGGAGACAUGCCGAAGGAUGAGGCGAUGAUCGCAUACGUGGAAGACCUAAAGCUGAUUCUCGAGAGCAUGCCCGUGACGGACCAGGUGGAGCAGCUUCUACACGUGAUCGGGCCGUUCUACGAGCUCGUGGACGAGAGGAGCAAAAUCACACACGUGUCGGACCUGAGCACAGGAUUUGGGAGUUCGGUAACUGCGCCCUCGAAGGCCGUCACUAAGAGCAUCAUCAGAAAUAUGCAAAUGAACGGAACCUUAGACGGCCAUCUUGCGCAACGUAGUGAGAACCCGAUGGAGGAACAGGAGGACGGAGGCGACGAUGGCGACAGUGGUGAUGACGAAGGUGAGAAUGAAGAGGAGGAAGAAGAGUUGGCGCAUAUAAAAAAAGCCCAAGCACCAGAGAAAAAGGCGCCAAGCGGGAAAGUCGACAGUGUCCCGAACGGCAGCGUUGGCCAGAGUGCAGCGACUGUGGCGAACGGAGCACACGGCUCCAAAUCUGCCCUCAAUGGAAAGGACUGGGUGGAGAAUGGUGGUGUCACUCAGACUGGGGCGAGUCAAAAUGUCAGUAGUCACACCAGAGACGAUAACAAUGAUGUGGCCCCGCCUCCUCAUGUGGCAAGUGAUUCUGACAGUGAGGUGUACUGUGACUCCGUGGAUCAGUUUGGCGUUGACGAGCAGGGCUGUGAACCAUGUGUGAUCCACUCUCUCCACGAAAGCCCCAGCGCUCUGUCCUUUCUGGAGGAGACUCAGCCCACGGGGCUGGACCUCGAUGGCCUGCCCGGAGCGCAGGAAGGCGCCCGACGCGGAGGGGAGGAUGGAAAGACUGGCAGCGGGGGAGCCCAGAGACAGGGCCUCGGUGUGGGCAGGCCUGGCAGUGCUGUGGUCAGGAGAGGACGAGGUUCUAGGUCUCCAGGCCCGGGGUCCGGCGCUACAAGGCCGUUACACGCCGGAGAAGGUGGAGAAGGCUGGGGUCCUACUGGAGGCAUGGGCGGGGACCUUAACGAGCAGAUCGUCACGGCUCUGUCCCGCCUCCAGGAGGACAUGCAGAGUGUCCUGGAGAGACUGCACACACUAGAGGUCCUCACAGCCUCCCAGGCAAGAGUGUCAGCUUUGCCAUCAGAGUACCUGCAAGCACCAGCAAACGAACCUCAGAAGAAGUAUUCCUGGUGGCCUUUUCACGUGGCCCCUACUACAGUGGCUCUUGCUAUUGUCUGGCCCUUCAUAGCACAGUGGCUCAUUCGUCUGUAUUUGCGGCGACAGAGAAGAAAACCCCACUGAUGGGCGUGAUCUCAGGGUGCGUGAGGGAACAGGCUGGGUCCUCUUCAGUUCGUCCUCUCAUCUGCUUCAUCCCUGCUUUUGCACUAUAAUGACAGCACUAAGAACAGACAUAAUACAUGAAUGGAUGAAAGGAUGAAAUUGCAACUUAUAAUCAAUCAUAAAGGCUUUUUGUACUUUUUUAGUGUAAUAUAAACUAAGAUUAGAACUGCUUGGUUUGAGAAAACAAGUAAUGUAGGAAACAAAAUGUCUUUUUUUUUCAUAUUGAAACCCAACAGGGCAUUAUGAUCUUUGUGAAGCCCAUAGUUAUUGUGUUGGUCAGUCUGCUUCAAUUGACCAUACAAUCACGUGUGCAAAGCUGCUAGCUGGUCAUCCCCCAAGUAUACCGAUACUGAGGCGUAGAGGUUUAGUGUAGCAAGACCACUGAGGCAUAUACGUGUAGACCCCAGAAUGUGUUCAAGGUAAAUCUGAAAUGUUGUGUUCAGAGUUGCCUAGUGUUUGUCCACACCCACACCAGAACAAAGCCAUGCUCCAAAGUCUUGCAGGGCUGAAAUAAGCGGAAGGUGAUGUGGACGUUUGUACCAGCAUCACUGCUGUGGCUGUCUGGUAGAAAGUCCACGUAACUGGUGUUGGAGCAUGUCAAAACUUAACUGAUACACACACUGAUUAACAGAGGAGGGUAAUUAUCAUAUCACUGUCAUAACUGUAAUAUGGGAAACUCGUACAAGAAUCGCUCUCACCAGAAAGACUUAACAUGUUUUAAGCAUAUUUCAUUUUUUAAAUGAUACUGUGUCUCUAAUUCUGUAAAGUGUGUUCCCCCAUUUCAGUAUGAAGCAUUGUGAAUUGCUGUACAUCACAUUAAGUUCUGCUGUUUGCAUUAGACUGACAGUAAUUAAUGCAUUUGUAUUCAGAAUUAUCCUUUGAACCUGUUUCCUAAUAGUGUAAUUUGCUAAAUACUGUAUAUCUAUAAUACAUGUAAAUUAGAAAUAGACUAUAUAAUAUAUGAAUGAGUGAUAUUUUAAUUGUAACAUACUGUAAAAUAGAAUUUAAAACUAUAUUGAAUUGAUAUCUGACUUUUUAAAGUAAUUAGGUGAGGGUGUGUGUGUUUUGAUUAGAAACAUCUUUCUAGUAAUGAAAGGAUUAAUAACCACUGUCUCCUUCAAAUGAGCAUCUGUGCAUGUUCUGAUUGUGAGCCUGGAGCACGAAUAAACCUUUCACCUGGUUCUGGA